UUAUAAUAUCAUAUAAUGGGAAAGACUUACUCUACCCUCAAGUGGAAGUUCAGAGGGGAGAAGGCAUACAACGAAUAUGCUUUACAUCAAGAAACUGAAAGAAAUUAUGUGGACACUUUGGAGAGAGUAUUCAAACAAUAUUACUAUAUUCUUCAUGGACCGAAGCCAUCUGACUGUAUUUCAAUGUUUCUCGAUUUCUCUCAAGAGAUGCAAAUGUUGUUAAAGAUGUUAAAAUUAACCCCACAAGUAGAGAAACUGGAGUAUAUUGGCUUCCAUAGCAUUCAGAAAAAUGACAAGAAAUUUAACAAGCUUUUAGGACAGUUAAGAGUGAAUCAACUUACAAGACUCUACGUUGGUGCAAGUUAUUCAGAUCCAAUAUCAUUCAGCUUUUAUGCCAGAAAUAUCGCUAGACUUCUUCCUUUAGCUUCUGGGAUGAUUGAAAUCAAGUAUUUCAGGAUAUCCCACAGAGACUUUGGUAGAGUCCUUGUAGCUUGUGGGAGCUAUUCAAAAGUUCUGUUUCAAAAUUGUAGAAUUGUCAUCAAUGGGUUUGACUAUCUUGAUAAUGCUCAUCCUUCAAUUGGACAUAUCGCUUUGGAUAAUAACACCAUCAUCCAGCCAGAAGAAGACAAUGAGUACUUGGAUGGGCUCGUACAGAAGAUAGCAGAGUCAAGUCUCAAUGGCUCUUUAAGACAGGUCUUGGUUUGGACUCCUAAUCCAAUCCAUAGAGUCGACAAAAUUCUGAUAAAGAAGGAGUAUACCUUAGGAAACUUUCUUAUCAAAAUUUACUAAGUAUACU